AUGAAGUAUCCUAUAGCUGACCAUGGCGUGGAUGUUGCCUCAAACAGGAUCACCAGCAUUUCACUUGGUAUCUACUUACGAGGUCAAUUCAAUGUGCUUUGGAUUGAAAUCCACAAACAGAAAUCAUCACUACCCUUGUCUGCUCCACCUUUGAGGAAUCAGCAUCCACCAUAUGCGUGCAAUUGCUGCUAUUUUUGCUUAUGAUUGAGUUUGGGGUUCAAGUUUCCAUUAUUUGCAUUUAAGUUGCUUGGAGUUUAACAAUAGAAACUUUAUUACUUUUGCACCUUUUCAAUAGUUUUUUAUUCAGCGGUCUGGAAUUAUAAGCUUCUUUCACUGGCAUUUAGCUUUCUUGCAGUUUAACUAGUGGAAUGCCAUUCAAGCUAACAAUUACAAACUUGCGAAUCAGAGAAGCUCUAUGCUGUGAGACAACUACAGUUCUAACAGUAACUGCCAUUCCUGGUUAUGCUGGAAAAGUUAACACGCCUGCUCUGAGAGCUCAUUCUACUUCUUUGACAACCUUUGAAAAUGUGCAAGUCAGCACGCAGCCUUUUGAGCAGCGCCACACUAAGUCUACCAUGGAUGCAACCAUGGCCACAGAGACAUUAUUACAGGAUGAGAUGGCUGGAAUAGCUGCUGCUGCUGCAGAAGCUGUGGCUCUCGCAAAGGCAGCUGUGAAGGCUGCCAGAGAUGUAGUUGCUUUGUCAGAAGGUAAGACACUGCCAGCAAGAGGGUACUUAAAAGAUUUUCCUUCUGAGGCUGACCUGCUAAGACUUGAAAGGGCUAGACUCACUGAAAUGGAAAGAUCAGGAAUUAUGAAGUCCUUAGACAAUUUCAAAUCAGAGAACUUGCUAGAGGAUUUCAAAUAUCAAUUUCCAAUCUCCUCCAAUUCAGCCUAUCCACUGAAAAGAGAUUGCAAUCUCUCAGAGGGAAACUUGACCAACUCCUCUUCUACAUGCUCUCUGCAAAAGACUUCUGAAAUAACUGUGAAAUCUAUACGGAAAAAAGAAAGAAGAACUAGAAGGGUAGGCGCAUCUAAUAAUGCUGAAAAUGCUCCUGCUAUAAUUGUGCCAGUCAAGCCAGCUCGACAUAGAAAAAGUUCAUCUAGAUUUGUAUGGAUAAACAACUGUUCAAAGCUAUUAACUGCUAAAGAGGAAGUAGAGCUAUCACAAGGAGUACAGGACCUCAUGAAGUUAGAAAAAAUCAGGGAAAGCUAUAAAGAGAAGAAUGGAAGAGAGCCUACCUUGUCUCAAUGGGCGAAAGCUGCUGGUAUUGAACUUAAGGCUUUUGAAAGGCGUUUACAAGUGGGCAGAUAUUCUAAACAGAAAAUGGUUAGAAGCAACUUACGCUUGGUCAUAUCUGUUGCAAAAAAAUAUCGGAAUCGAGGAGUAAGCUUGGAAGAUCUUGUUCAGGAAGGAAUCAUUGGACUCGUAAGAGGUGCUGAAAAGUUCGAUUCGUCAAUGGGUUUUAAAUUUUCUACCUAUGCUCAUUGGUGGAUUAGACAAGCCUUUACGAAGACACUUACAAACAAGUCGAGGACAAUCCGGUUGCCUGUGCACAUCCAUGAUUUGUUGUCUCGAAUCAGAAAGACAAGGAACCUAUUUUCUGAGCAAGGAAGACGUCCUAAGAAUGCAGAAGUUGCGGAGGCAGUGGGAAUACCUCUAAAAAAAAUGAUAGCUGUUCUCAAAUCUUCAAGAUAUCCAACAUCAAUGGAUCGAUACAUUGGACAUGAACAGGACAGAACACUUUCGGAAAUUAUUGCAAAUCCAGUUGCUGUGAAUCUCGAGGCCGCAGUUAGUCAGGAGUUACUCAGAAAAGACCUUAAGAAAUUUCUUCUUAAUUCUCUUUCUGAAAAGGAGAGAAAAUUAAUGGAAUUUCGCUAUGGGUUGGAUCAUGGCAGAAUGAGAACUCUUCAAGAGAUUGGACAACUCUUCUGUGUUAGCAGAGAGAGAGCCAGACAAAUUGAAACGAACGCAAUGAGAAAGCUGAAGAAGGGCUAUAGAAACAUACAUUUAACACAUUAUUUAAACAAGAAAGAAGCAAAAGCAAAAAACUGAGGAUCUUCAGAACAUGAAAUAUGGAGCAUGCUCUGGUAGUAAUUUUUCUUGGGGCAAAAGAACUGUUUGUCCUGGAGAGAACUUAGAGGUUAGAAGUUAUAAUUCUUGUCAUCCCAAUUGAUCAGGUCAGUGUAGUUUGUAUUCAUUUCAAGUGUAUGAGCUAGAUAGAAAUUUCCCAUUGCUUA